AUGCCUGGAGGCGAGAAGGAGGGCAGACGAGAACCGCACCUGACCGAGAACGGACCUGUAAGCACCGCCCCCUGGACUGUGGUUAUCCAGUACCCCAUAUUGGCCAGCUACCCUUGGACCUCGCCCCUAGAAGCCGUCGUAUUGCUUCAGCAACCCUGGGAGAAGACUUCAGCCCAAGGUCCCGGUCACCGCGAUGAGCCACCCACCCAGAGGUGCCACCAUCAGGAGGCGCAGCUGCCGUCACUGGAGGCACCACAGAAGAAACCUCCUCAAUGUCCUCGCCCGCAACCUCCAUCGCAACACCGCCCUCCGCCCACAACCGACGAGGCGAUGUAUCCUGAGCCGAACGACGGAGCUUCACAUGAGGCUGUUGAUCGCCAGUACAAUGACCCCCAGCAAGGGGUGCUCCAGAAGAACCCAACGCGGGCGGGCCCAAAGCCGAAGCAGCACGGACACACACAGCAGCAACCUCCACAGCAUGGGGUACAGCCUACCACCACGCCCGGAGACCGGAGCAGAAGGAGCAGGUCCAGAAAGCGGGAGAGCACACUCCAGCUCACAGGGGGCAUCCACCACGGACGCCGAGGCAAUCGCAGCUGA